AUGGGACCGCACGCGACUCCGCAGCAUCAGAAGACUCCGAGUCUUGGGAGAUCCACCCCGCUCUGCUCGAGUCUCAACCUUGCUUCUCCCAUUGAUAUCACGUCCAGUAUGUCUUCGUACGAGCGGGCCGCCGAGGCGGUUUCAUUCCUGACCAGCAGUCUGCCUGAGGGCCUCCGGAAGCCUCAGGUGGCCAUCGUGUGCGGUUCUGGCUUGGGUGGUCUCGCAGAAACCGUCCAGGCCGAUCCUCGCGCCGAGUACGACUACACCUCGAUUCCCCAUUUCCCUCGUCCGACUGUUGCUGGCCAUGCUGGGAAAUUGGUGUUUGGAUUUCUCGGCCAAAAAAUUCCCGCCGUCUUGAUGGUUGGCCGAGCUCACUAUUACGAAGGUCAUUCGAUGGACCAAGUCACUUUUCCAAUCCGGGUGUUCAAGCUACUGGGUGUGGACACUGUCGUGCUGACGAAUGCGGCCGGUGGCCUCAAUUCUGAAUACAGCGUGGGUGAUAUCACCUUGCUGAACGAUCAUAUCUUCCUGGCAGGCCUGGCAGGAGUUCAUCCACUGAGAGGUCCUAACGACGAAGACUUUGGCGUCCGCUUUCCACCUUUGUCGGAUGCGUAUGACCUCGAACUUCGUCGUCAUGUGCACCGAGCAUGGAACGAAAUCAAGCCUAGUCAGGGUAGCCGGAAGCUGCAUGAAGGAGUGUAUGCUUACGUCGGAGGCCCCACCUACGAAACACGAGCCGAGAGCCGGAUGCUUCGAAUGAUGGGCGCCGACGUGGUUGGAAUGUCGACCGUCCCCGAGAUUGUGACUGCUAGACACUGCGGACUUCGAGUGCUAGCGAUAAGCUUGGUGACGAACAAUGCAGUUCUGGCUCCCGUCCCCCGAGGAGACGAACAGUUGCUCCAAGACAAAGCCGCAGUUGAGCUCAAUGCUCUCCUGGAGGAAGGGAAGGCCGGUCACGAAGAGGUUCUGGAGGCAGGUCGUACAGCAGCCGUGGAUAUGCAGGUAUGA